CUCUCCUUAGAUAGAUCUCUUCAAUUUCUUCUUGCUCUCUCGCCUCACAUUUCUCUGUCUUUCUUCACGAUUUUUGUUUGUAUUUCCUUCGCGGCUUCUGUCAUUUCUGGGUUUUUUUUCUUCUUUUUAUUUCUGACAAUUAUUAGGUGAUUUAGUCGUAGGUUAUCUUGUGUUACUCUGUUGUCCAAUGUUAGGUCCUUUCGUUUGCAUUUCUCGUUUUGAGAUUUUUGUUUAAUUGCUGUUAUGCGGCUGUCGUGUUUCUCUGUCAAUUUGUUGUUUUGUUUUUCUUUUCAGGCUUCCGCAUGUUUAUUACAUUGCAAAUAUCAUUAUUACUUAUCUCUACUCUUUUGCACAACAAUUAGUGAGUGAUGCCAUUUUUAAGUUUUCACCACUAUUCUUUCAUCGUAUUCCAAUCACGUAGAUUCUCUUUUAACUCCUUUGCGCUUUUGUUUUCCUUAUCCCCUUUUUGUAAUUUUUAGUUUUUUUUUUCUUUAUUAGGGGUUGAUGCUGUUUCCUUUCAUCUUGUCAUGGUCAACUUUGAACUUGCUGACCAUUGCCUUUUGAUAAAUGAUACUUGAAUAUCUACUCUUGUUGAUUAGUCUGUGAUUAUGGUUGACUAUGAAUGUGGAAUCUCAUUUAUUAACUGUUUGCCUCAUGAUUUUCCAGGAAAACCUUGGCGUAAACCUUAAUUUUGUACUAAUUAUCAGUCCAUAGACCAAUCAGCUCUCCUAAUUCUUUUCCCUUCCUAAAUGACAAGAAAUAUAGAAAGUUAAUUUACUAGUAAUUCUACAAAAUCCAGGGCCUUGGGCAAACUGUUGUAGGACUUUACUCAUGUCAAGGUCUCCUUAAAAUCUUUUGAUUUUUCAAAUGAAUGUGGAGUGGACUGGCUUCUUGGUCAAUUCAUAAUGCUCAGCUUGUGUGUGUGUGUGCUCAUUUCAUUUGUCAAUUCUGUUGGUUCCCUUGUUGAUACUCCACGGUAGGUGUUUCUCUCAAUAUUUCUGUAUAGAUAUGCUUUAUGGAAAAGCAUUCCUCACAUAGUUGAAAGUUUCUUUUAAUAGUUCAUGUAGUUUGACAGCAUAUUGGUGUCAACAUUCUAUUAAAUGACAGGAAGAAAUGAGGUCUUUGGCUGUGCAGUGAUAUGAAUUUGGGCUCUUUCACUAGAUACCAUAAACAUCCUGUUGCACAUAUUCUGGAUUCAUAUAAAUUACUAAGAAAUACAGACUGAAUGGUGAAAGCAAUUACAAUGACUUGGGAGAGUUAUGUGUAACUGAUUAGGUGGUGCUUCCCCAAUAUCGAUGAUAGUUCUGCAGAUGAUUACUACAGUCUCGUAAUGGCUGCUGGGAAAUCUGGAAGUUGUAAGAUGUUGGAAUCUUUCAAGCCUCCGCCAAGCAAGAAAUCACGAAAGGAGCGGAACCGAGGGAAAUUACCUGGAAGUACCCCUACACAUGAGGUUAUGGAACAAGUUAUUUGGAAAGAAUUCCCAGAAGACCUUUUUGAAGCUGUCAUUGCUAGACUUCCCAUUGCCACAUUUUUUCGCUUCCGCUCAGUAUGCCGUAAAUGGAAUUCUUUGCUGGACUCACAAAGUUUCUCUCAGCAUUGUGCCGAAGUCCCACAAGCCAAUCCCUGGUUCUAUACCAUUACUCAUGAAAAUAUGAAUGUUGGAGCCAUGUAUGACCCCUCCUUUAGGAAAUGGCACCACCCCACAAUCACUUUUCUGCCAGCGAAGAUGAUUGCUCUGCCAGUUGCUUCUGCAGGUGGUCUAGUUUGCUUUCUUGAUAUUGGUCAUAGGAACUUUUAUGUCUGCAACCCUUUGACUCAGUCAUUUAAAGAGUUGCCAGCUAGGUCAGUUAAAGUGUGGUCGCGUGUUGCUGUGGGUAUGACUCUGAAUGGGUAUUCAACUGUUAGAGGUUACCAGAUCCUGUGGGUGGGUUGUGAUGGAGAGUAUGAAGUUUAUGACUCAGUAAAGAAUUUAUGGAGUCGACCAGGAAACAUGCCCCCAAACAUUAAGCUGCCACUAUCACUGAACUUUCGGUCACAAGCAGUUUCCAUUGAUAGCACACUUUACUUCAUGCGGUCAGACCCUGAAGGGAUUGUGUCCUACAAUAUGGUUACUGGGGUGUGGAAGCAAUUUAUUAUCCCAGCCCCACUACAUCUGAGUGACCACACACUUGCAGAGUGUGAGGGCAGGAUCAUGCUUGUGGGAUUGCUGACCAAAAAUGCUGCCACUUGUGUGUGCAUAUGGGAGCUGCAGAAGAUGACGCUCUUGUGGAAGGAGGUUGACAGAAUGCCAAACAUAUGGUGCUUAGAGUUUUAUGGGAAGCACGUUAGAAUGACUUGUUUGGGCAACAAAGGUUUGCUCAUGUUGUCAUUGAGAUCAAGACAAAUGAACCGAUUAGUUACAUACAAUGUGAUGAGCAGGGAAUGGCUGAAGGUUCCUGGAUGUGUUGUACCACGGGGAAGAAAGCGACAGUGGAUUGCAUGUGGCACUGCAUUUCACCCGUGCCUGACUGCGACUGCUUGAUUUCCAACCCUUCACUGUGUUUCUGGCAGCACUGGCAUUUAAAAGAUGGUUUUUUCCAAUUUUUCUGAAUCUGCCACUGCAUUUAUGCUUGGCAGAUAACAAGCUUUUGCUGCCAGUUUCUCAUCAGCCGAAUUUUCUUUAUUUGUUUUAAUGGAGUAAAUGACAGUUCUACAAGAUUGACCAUUUUCUUUAUUUUCUUGUUUUGUACAAACAUGUGGAUGAAUAACUUUAGUUUCAGAAGAGACUUGUUUUAAGUGCAGCCGUUUGCAAAUAGCUGUGCAAGAGCUCUGUUAGUCUGUUUAAUUAUGGUGAAUUAAGAUAAUAGUACACAGAGAAUUGAGUGGUUA